GACAAUGGCUUCUAAAGUCAUUUUAUUUUUUAUCAUUGCCGUGGUCACUGAGUGCGCGUCUUCACUAGAAGAUGACACGCCCACGGACGUUGUAAACAUCACAGCGGUAGAUGAGCAGCCGGAUAUUUGCUCGAAAUGUAUAUGCAAGAAUGGCAAAGUGGAUUGCUCCAGCCAAGGGCUGACCAAGUUCUUCCCACAGCACAAAUGGGCAGCUUUGAAAGACUUCAAGCCUACAAUAGUGGACCUGAGCAACAACUCUUUUGAGAAUAUCACUGUUAUGGCGGAGCUUCCCAUAAAGGUCCUUAACCUGUCCAGAUGCGGCAUAGAGGUUAUACAGUAUGCCGCCUUUCGACCUCUGCGGAAAAUGAGGGUUUUAGACUUGAGCCACAAUAAUUUAAGAUACACGCCAGAACUAAUCAAUAUUGACGUCCUGAAUCUCGCCUACAACGAUCUGCGUUCUUUUUCAAAUGUCUAUGAUAUAAAGACAGAGCAGCUGACAGAGUUGGAUUUGAGCGGCAAUGAUAUGGCGACAACUGAGUUUGCAAUUCCUUACUUAGGAUGGGGGAGAACGUUGAAGAUUCUGCGUUUACGGUCGUGCAAACUGACAGAGAUACGUAGUAUUUUCCUGGAACAUUUCACGAACCUAGAAUAUCUGGACAUAAGCGACAACCUCCUGACCAGAGUGCCCAAAGAGUUGAACCUUGUGGAGAAACUUCUCUAUUUGAACAUCAACCAGAAUCCCAUCAGAGAGCUGAACAUCAACACUCAGUACGCCUCGUACUGGUCCCCCUGGGGGAGACCCCCCAGACUUUUGAGGCUGAAGGAACUGCAUAUAUGCAACAUGCCAGUCUUGACGGAGAUUGGUCCGGGAGCGCUGGGAUAUGUAGAGAACCUGGAGAAACUGCAUUUGAGUUUCAACCCUCAGUUGAGGCACAUAAGUCCUACAGCUCUAACGCGCCCUGCAAAAAAAUGGGAGGGCUAUGAGUGGCCUAUGGUGAAAGAGCUGUACAUGAAGUCCAACGCUCUCUCCGAGGUGAAUCCCCAACUGCUGUCCCGCUGGGACCUGCUUACCGCCAUAGAUGUGUCCGGCAACCCGUUCAGAUGCGACUGUGAUACCCAGUGGAUGGUGGACGUUUUGGUGCCUCUCAUCGAUAAACUCAAAUCGAACGCGUCUGAGGCUAUGGUAUGUUCAGAGCCCGAGCAGAUGAGAGGUUUCACCAUGAGGUACGUGCGUGAGGUCAAUCGUACUAUGCGCUGCGUGUACGCGUCUAAUAAGAACGGUGCUUUUGUGAUAAAGUCUCUUAAUGGUGUGUUGCUUGCUGUUCCCAUUAUGGCGGCUGUGAUCUUAUUGUUGAAACGUGGAAGUUUAGCUUUAAAGAGAGCAACCAAUAGUGACAAAUAGGAUAAUCAAGAGAGAGGUUGUGUAAAUAUAAGAGAGUAAAGAAAUAAUAAGA